UGUCAGAAUCAGCUGUCACUCCAAUAACGCGAAUUUUUUAAAUUUAAUCUUAAAUAACCUGUUUUUAUUUAUAAAUAAACAGUUCCAUGAAUUGAUAUAUUCUUUCAUAGUAUGCAUUAUACUGUACACUCGACGAUCGGCGUAAUAAUCGUAAGAAAUUGUUAAUAAUUGAAGAUAUUUGUAUUACUGAAUUCCGAAUAAGAAAUUGCGAACAAAGUUGAUUUAAAUAAAUAGAAUGUGAGUUGAAUCGUAUAUAAUACAGAAGAAUUUAUUUAUUUAUUCCGUAAGUAAUAAUGACGCUUUUAUUAAAAAGCGUUUGGCGAAAUGUGCUUAAAGGCAGCCCUCUCGGCAAAUCACUGCGAAACAGGACCCUCUCAUCUAGUAUAUCUGCAGAAGUGACGAGGGGAGGUUCCUGUGACGUCGUGAUGUCCAGCAUCAUGGCGGCACCCACGGCGGCGGAAGUACUCGCGACUGUCAACAAGAACAUGCCCACCAUGACUCACAAGCACAUGCUGCAGGCGCUGCGCUCACUCUUCGAGCUGCAGAAGUCGGGCAAUUUAGCAACGGAACCGGAAACACUAGUCGCAAACCCACUAUUCGGCGAUUUAUGUCAGAACUUCAAAAAACACGCGCGGGCGCUCGACGUCAACGAGGCUAUUGAAGCCACGAAAGUGCUCUCCUUCCUGAAAGUUCCUGCAGAAUCCGUAGUGGUGCAGACCAUGCUGCAGAUCAUCAGGUGCUACAUCAACAUGAUCAAUGUCAGACAAAUCAUGUUCCUUGACUACUUAUUGACCAAAUUCGAAGGUUCCAAUCAUUUGGUCGAUGCAUUGAAGCUUGCUUUACCAUUAGCUUUUCAAAUCCAUCUGCCGCUUGAGAUGGACAGCAAAGACCUGCCGAUGCUGAAGGACAUGCUGGCAUUUAGCUGCACACACGACCUUCCAGACAGAUAUAUCGACGACAUAGUCACGGCGCUGCUCCUGCACGACCAAACUAUCGAUGCACACGUCGCCAAGUCCAUCAUAUGGUCGCUAUGUCAAGUGAACUGCACGGAAGACGUGUUCCCCAGGAGAGCACAGCUCCUGCACAUUUGCUACGAUAUUCUAACGCAGUCAAUCCGCCACCUCCGUUAUGAAGAAAUAUUGGCGACGGCGGCCAGGAUCAAGGGUCGGAUCCUGGAGAAACACCCGGAGUAUUACCACGAGCAGCUCAUGGACGCCAUCGCUAACUAUAUGGUGGACCAUAAAGUGUGCUUCGAAAAGGGGCUGCUGGUGGCACGCAUUAUGUCGAGGAUAGCUCACACACAUCUAGGUCUCAUUGGCUACCUGUGCCAGCAAGCAGCAUCGAACUCCACUACAUUAUCGUCAGCGCGCCCCAACAUCUUAUUCGGCUUCAUCAACUGCCUGUCGAACAAUAACUUCACACCGGAGGAACCGCAGUGGGAGGAUAUCAAACUACAGAUCUUUCGGAACCCAGCGUUCGAUGGCAAUAACAGCGCACUGCCCUGGGCCAAGAUAUGCCUGGAGCUAGCAUCGCUGGGAUAUUAUGACGACAGAAUACUAAAGAAAGUGUUCUCCAAAGAGAAUAUCAGUGAUUUCUCGGACAAGGAGAACAACGUGUUGGACUACCUGCAGCUGUUGACGCUGUACGAGGCGGUGCGAUCGUUCCACGACGAGGACUACACGCUGCCUACUGAUCUGCAUGACAAGCUGAAGUCUGUGUACCCGGUGCACGGGAAGACGGACUUGCUGGAGGAACACCUGGCGAUUGGCCUGGGGGGGCCGGGGUACGUCGUCAAGAAUGUAGUGCUACCUAAUGGAUUUAUUGCUGAUUGUUUGAUAUGCCUGAAGGCCGGAUACCCAAUCGAGUUCCAGGUCGCUGCGGGUGACCUGAAAGUUCCGGUCGAAUAUCUGAAUAUACCAAAAGACUGUGUACCGAUAUGCGUCUUGAACUUCCAACCAGGGUGCUUCUCAAUGAACAGCAACCGUCUUCGAGGGACCUUCCGCCUGGUGCUGGACAUCCUAGAGAGCCAAGGCUACAUGCCCGUCGCAGUCAACGUGAGCGAGUGGCUGUCUGCACCGGCGCACGAGAGGACGCCCUACCUCCUGCGCGAGGUCGGCUACAAGUGCGGGGAAAUAGGCAUGAAACUCGCCGCCAGUUGAAACAAUCGUGAUUUCAACUUGAAAUUAUUUAAUUGGUCUCCAGUAGACAACAAAUUGUCUGUGAAUAAAUGACGUUUAGAAUCUAUUUUAUUUUUGUUGGUUAUCUUUUUUCUGUUAUGGUUUUUGUUUCAUAAUGUAGUUUACAUAUUUUACAAAGAUACUUUGCUAUGCCGUAGAGAGUGCUCAGUAUUUUUUGCUACAAAUAUUUAAGACACGGACUGUUGGUGUUCAUUGGUUAAAGUUAGGUUCCUCUAUACUUAUUAUACUCUUUGAAGUUAGAUGACCUACAAAGAGUAUAAUAAGUAUAGGGGAAGUGACCUAUGAUCUAAAAGAUGUAUAAGCUGCCAAAACUACUAAUGAUACAGGUUCAUACGGGGUCUUACGGGGUUUAUUAGGUAAUAUAAGGAUAAUAAAAAAGCAAUAAAUUAUUUUGACAA